AUGGAGGCUCUGGUGGUGGUGCACAAGGUGGCCUCAGAAGGAGGAAGGCGACCGAAGACGACGGUAAGCGACGAGAGUGGCUCGCAUUCGAGAGAAAAAGGAAAGUCAUUUCAAGUGAAAGACUCGCCGGAAAACAAUUACGCCACCGGAAAAGUAGAUUCAUUGGAGAGAUCUCACUUUAGUAGUAGCUACAAUCAGGAACGCAGGCAGUCAGAGGAGCAACGCCGGUGA